AUGCCUGUGGAGGACCAUUUCCCGGAGCCCUUGGUCUUCAAUCCAGCAUCGGGGAUACACAAGCACACAGUGAUCCUCCUCCACGGCCGCGGCGGAAGCGCUGACGCGUUCGGUCCUGCGCUACUGAACACAGCCCUCCCCGUCGCAGGCACCGCCAUAAGCACACAACAAGAUGGCCCCCACGGCCGGAGACGGACACUCGGUGAAGACAACGGGGUUUCCACUGAUGCCUCGGCUGCGCCUUCAGUCUGUGAUGGAGCCUCUGCCAAAUUGUACAACCAUAUCAGCCCAAUAACGCUCGCUCAAGCACUUCCCCAUGCUAGAUUCGUCUUCCCGACCGCCCCCAAGCAGCGUGCCACUGUCUACAAGCGCAGCAUCAUUCGCCAGUGGUUUGACGACUGGCACCUGGGCUUUGUCGAUGACAAGGUGGAUAGCCGCUACGACCUGGGCCUGCAAACCACCGAGCUGGUUAGCACCGUCGAGUAUCUGUACCGUCUGAUCGCCGAGGAAGCGAGGCUGGUCGGUGACACGCGGAAAGUCAUCCUGGGAGGAAUUAGUCAGGGUUGUGUAGCAAGUUUGGUGGCGUCGUUGCUUUGGAAGGGAGAGGAAGAAUUGGGUGGUGUCGUUGGUAUGUGUGGGUGGCUGCCUUACAUCAGCCAGAUGAGAGCACAGCUCGUGGGUCGAGAUGGUCAAGAAUCAAGAGAUACAACUUGGGGAGAAGACCUAGAAGAGGGUGCGGGCUUUGAUCCUUUCGAAAGAUCGGCUUCCCCAGAUUGUGAUAUGGAUUUACCCGGUGGCAUUGACGGCAAAGGCUCUGUGAAGUCAGCCCUUGAGUGGCUGCGAGGCGAGCUCGACAUUCUCGAGACACAGUCCGGUUCCUCGGAUGUGCUCCGGAGCAGCGUUCCAGCCAUUUUGUGUCAUGGCCAGGAUGAUGACAAGGUCGACAUCGCGAAAGCGAGUGAAAGCGCCGAGUUUCUCCCGGCCCUCGGUCUCGAGCCACUUCGCUUCAAGGAAUAUGCGGGCGUUGGGCACGAGUUCUCCUCGGAGAUCCUCUCUGAUAUCGCUGUGUUCAUACAAGAUGUGCUUGGCGAGCCAUCAAUUUGA